GAGAGAUUUGCAAAAACUCUCUGUGACAUAUUCAAGCAUGCCUUUGAUGCCAAGGUACAAUAAAAUAUUUUAUUCAAAUAUAUAUAUAUAUAUAUUAAAUAUUAAAAGUAUUAUGACUAGCAUUUUAUUUAAGGAAAAUCUCAAUAACAAGAAUUCUUUUGCCCUUGCUCCCUUAUACUAAGUUUUGAUGUUUAGAAUAGGUUGUGGAAGAUGUCUUCUUUCAUAGAUAAAAGAAACACUGGUACACAAAAGGCAGCCUAUUUAAGAUGCAAAGGUGAUGUGUUUUGGUCCUGUUUUUUUUUUCCUCAUUACUUUAAAAUUUUAUUUCUCAUUCAAUUAAAAUUUACAAAUGGAUCAGUCCAUGCGGUAUAUAAACUAUUGCUUUGUGGGUUGAGGUGUGUUACUGUCUCCGAGGAGGGUUACUGCCUCCAAGGGGUGUUUCUGCCUCCAAGAGGUAUCACUGCCUCUGAGUGAUGUUAAGGUUGUGUGUAUGGUCCAGAGGGUGAUGAAAUCAUUAGUAUAUUAAAGGGGGGGAGUAUGGUGCUGGGGUUAGUUAAAGAGGGACUGGUAAUUUCAGCAGAACAAUGUUUUUUUUAUCAAAAUUAUGUAAUAUUUUUUUUUAACCUCGGGACUCACCUGUGCAAGCCAUUAGACACUAUCAUUGCUUCAGUAAAUAAAAGCAUAGACUCAUGUACCAGAAUCAGUCAUGUAACACCUUUAUUAUAUUUUCAGUUUAAAGGCUUUUGUCAGUAGAUUUUUCAAUAAUUUAUAAAACAAACUAAGAUCAACGAAAACAAUAAUUUGUUUAAAAAUAUUAACUUAAGACAGUUAAUGAAUUUUUUUGAAAUAGAUUUUAAGCUACAUUUAUGUAAAGAGUAAACAUCCCACCAGAUUUGUUUGCUCUGAGAAAAUGUUUCAUAUUAUAUUUUACCUCUGGUUUGGCUGCUUCAUUUUUGCAACCAACCUUCCCUCUGCUCAACAUGUUUUAUAAUAAUAGUACUGAGUAAAAAAAAAAAAAAAAAAAAAAAAAAAAAAAAAAAAAAAAAAGCUGUCAAGCAGCAGUGUCAUGCAUGAUGGUUGAACUAAGGUAAGAAGGUUGAAUUUUUUUGGAAGCAACAAUUAUAUUAAUCAAUAAAGAGCCAUGGGUGUAGUGUAGGGCUGUCUCUAGGACUAUUGUUUAAAGGUCAAAAGGUAGGUUGUAGGACUUUCUGUAGGAUUAUUGUUUAAGGCUGACAGGUAAGUUGUAGGGCUGUCUGUAGGCCUAUUGCUUAUAGAAAAUGAGAAAUUAACUCUCUUUUUUUAACACUUGGACCCACCAGUUGACUCAGUUUUAAAAAAACUGCUCUCGAUUAAGCUCGCUAGUGUUUGUUUUUAUUCUAGUACAAGAAGGUAUAUUUGGGCAAGAGGAUGAUACUAGCAGUUUGUUAACUUGCUGCUUUAACUAAUUAGUCAAUUUUUUUUUUAAGUGGUACGUUUUUUUGUGGUUUUUUUAAUGUUUCGAUUUGCCAUUUUUACUGAGGACUAACAAGAUCGGUGUUUCCUAACAUGUGGGUUACUGCACUUUUCUGGGACCAUGUGUAACCUGCACAAGUGGGUCUUCACAGUUUUAUUAAAUAGAGACCUGGGAACAAAUUUGUUGAGAAACACUGCAAUAGAUAAUUUAAUAAAUGUAACUUCAUUGUCUGUAGGUUAUUUGUAUGGAUGAAUAUGAUGUAAGCAGCUUAGAACAUGAGUGCUUGGUUCUUAUUGUCACAAGUACGUUUGGCAAUGGCGAACCUCCUGAGAAUGGAGAGGUAAAUUUAAAUGACAUUUGGGCUAUUGAUGAUGAUGAGUUUGUUUAAAUAUUAAAGUAAGAUUCUUUGAUAUUCUUUAGAUAUUUUAAUGAUCCAAUUUUUUAGGCAAGUAUUAAACAAAUAUGGGUUAAAAUAAGAAUGUUUAAAAAGUGAAUGUCUUAAUCAAUUUUUAUAAAAUUAGCUUAAAACUAUGCAAUCACCAUAUUAUAAAUAUUGUUUUCCUACAGGAUUUUUCAAAUGAAUUAUAUGAAAUGAUGCACAGUAUGAUCUUGUAA